AUGACAUCUAUAGAAAUAACCAAUGAAAUAACUGUAAAAGCUAAAGUCGACAAACGACAUUUCCUGAAGGAGCUAAAUGAAAAGCGUGAGUCCAACUGCUUGGUGGAAAGAAGCAAUCAAGUCAGCUUACUGAGAGUUCAGAAGAGGCACUUCAGUCGUGCCCAUAAGUCCCAUAUUCAGACCCAAACCAAAGAACCUGUUCCUGACAGUGGCAGGAGCUCCUGGAUCAAACCGAGUCUCCUUGGUCACAUGGAGAAAAAGCACUUUUCUCCGAAAAAUAAUGCCAUAUUUGGAUAA